AUUAAAAUGGUAAUAAGAGGCCAUUGAAUUCUAUUAAAUGGUCAAAAGGCAUCUUCUUUUAUGUCAAUUUCUCAUGAGAAGUGAUCCCGUGUAGAGCUGAUUUUUGUUACAAAUUGCAAAUAUUUUUUUAAAAAUGAAGUAUUUUUUCUGCAGCGUUUUGGUAGCUUUAGUUUUUAGUUUAAGUGGAUUUGGAAAUGAUGUUUAUGGCUCUCAAGACAUUAACGAAAACGAGUUAGAAAGUAACGUGUCACUGGUUGUUAUGAAAAAUACCUCUAUGAAUUUUAUGAAUAUUACAUCGAAUAAGAUUCUAGUUGGACAAAAAAUCAGAAAAACAAAAAGAUUUCGCCGACGACGUCUUCGCCGAUUAAGAAAAAAGAAUCCGCAGAAUCUAAUGGCAAAUAUGACUAAUUCAGCAACUAAUUCACCUCAUCCAAACAAAGGGAGAAGAUUAAAAAAGCACAGAAAAAACAAAUUGGUACCGUCGUCCACUACGGAGCGUGUAAAAUAUCGCAAUAUGCCCUCACUUAUCGAAUCCAGAAAUCUUGUACUACCGAUGUCACCAACGCAGUUAUCACCAACAACAACCUUAAAGAAGAUUGUUAGAAAACCAGUAAAAAAUACACGAUGUAGUAAAAACAAUGGAGGUUGUGCCCACGUCUGUUUGAUAAAAGGUAUCCAGAAAUGUCAAUGUCUAAAAGGAUUCCAGUUGGGGAAGAAUAUGCAUAGUUGUACAGACAUAAACGAAUGUGAGACCAACAACGGCAACUGCCAAAUGAACUGUACAAACUCAAUAGGUUCUUAUAGUUGCCAUUGCCCAACGGGGUUGAGAUUAAGUGACAAUUUAAAAACCUGCGAGGACGUAAACGAAUGUCUUCUACGGAAUGGACACGGCCCAUGUCAGGACAGUUGCGAGAAUUCUUAUGGCAGUUACAAGUGCAGCUGUAAAAAUUUGAAAGGGACUAAGUUGGAUGAUGAUUUGCAAAGCUGUGUUGAUGUAAAUGAGUGUGAAAUAGCAAAUGGUGGCUGUUCUCACAAUUGCAUUAACGCUUUUGGAAAAUCCUUCUGUUCCUGCCCAGCUGGAUUCGAACUCUCUGGAGACUUUAAAACAUGUAAAGAUAUAGACGAGUGCCAACUGGAAUACCACAAAGCGCAAUGCCUUUCGGAAUGUAUUAAUACCGUGGGAUCCUACAAAUGCGCCGAUUUAACAGCCAUGCAAAACGAUGAAUCUUUCAAAAAUGUCGCCUGUAAACCUCUAUUUCCUCCAAAGAUUGGUUACUAUAAAUGUAGCAGGAAGCACGCCCUUAAAAGCCUUAAUAAGAAUGGCCGAAGACGUGUGAAGAACAGUAUAGGCACUAGAUGCAUUUUGGUUUGUCCCCAUGGAUAUAAGAGAAAGGGCUCUGGGUUUAGAAAAAUGUGUGGUUUUGGUGGAGAUUGGGUGGGGAAUUUUGAUGCUGAAUGUGUGCCCCAGACCUAAAGCUUUUCCAUGCUUCCAUAUGGUUUACAUCACGAAAUAAAUAAAAUAAACUCAAUAAAAUAAAAAAUUAUCUAUUAAAAAUUGACAAUAAAACGCUUAAAUAGUAUUAAAACAUUGAAAUAAAACCAGUCAAAAAGUAACUAAUAAAUAA